UCUGACAGUGUCAUUUCAAAUUAUGGGUAUGGUUAGCGUAAAUUUGUAAACAUGUUCAGUUGGCUCAAACGUGAGGCAGAAGAGAAGCAGGAAGUGUUCGAGAAUGUGCUCGAAGGUUUAAAGAAGAUUUACAAAAGCAAAUUAUUACCUUUAGAGGAAUACUACGCAUUUCACGAAUUUCACUCGCCGCAGCUAAACGAUCCUGAUUUUGACGCUAAACCUUUAAUUUUACUCGUCGGACAAUACUCGACCGGCAAAACCACCUUUAUAAAAUAUCUACUCGAGCGCGAUUUUCCAGGAAUUCGUAUUGGUCCCGAGCCAACGACGGAUAAGUUUAGCGCCGUCAUGUACGCGGAAAAAGAAGGAAUUAUACCAGACACGCCAGGAAUACUCGCCGGUGAAAAACAGCGAAUUGAUCGCGGAUACGACUUUACAGGCGUUUUAGAGUGGUUCGCUGAAAGGGUCGAUCGAAUUAUUUUACUGUUCGACGCACACAAACUGGAUAUAUCCGACGAGUUUAGAAGAUCAAUUGAAGCCUUAAGAGGACACGACGAUAAGAUACGAAUAGUUUUAAACAAAGCCGAUAUGAUUGACCACCAGCAGCUCAUGCGAGUUUACGGCGCCUUGAUGUGGUCGCUGGGAAAAGUAUUACAAACUCCCGAAGUUGCACGCGUAUAUAUCGGUUCCUUCUGGGAUCAACCGCUGAGAUUUGACAUCAAUCGUAAGCUCUUUGAAGACGAAUGCCAAGAUCUAUUCAAGGACUUGCAAAGUCUACCAAAGAACUCCGUUUUAAGGAAGCUCAACGAUUUGAUUAAGCGAGCACGUCUCGCUAAAGUGCACGCAUACAUAAUUUCGGAGUUACACAAAGAAAUUCCUAUGUUUGGAAAAGAGAGCAAGAAGCGCGAUCUGAUUUUUAAUUUGGCGGAAAUCUACCAAAGAAUACAGCACGAGCAUGGAAUAUCAGUCGGCGACUUUCCCGAUCUGUGUAAAAUGCAAGACUCGCUUUCGAGAUAUGACUUUUCAAAGUUGCGCCACUUCAAAGCGCGCCUGCUGGAAAGCGUCGAUAAAAUGUUAUCCGAAGAUAUAUCGCAGUUAAUGGCGAUGAUCCCACACGACGAAACGGUGUUGGAUGACUGCAAACUGACGGGUGGAAUUUUUGAGGGGGUUGAGGAUAGGGUGUCUCCCUUCGGUUACCAACGCGGCGAAGGUGUUAACGCGGGGCUCGGAGAUCCAGAAUGGGUUGUCAAUAAAGAGCGCGGAAAUUACGACAACAUCUUCGACGCUUUGUGCGAGAACGGCAGCAAACUCCCUGGGUCCAUUGCCAAAGUGGAGAUGGUGAAAUCCAAGUUGCCCAAUCAAGUCCUGGGUAAGAUUUGGAAACUGGCCGAUGUUGAUCGCGACGGCUUCUUGGACAAAGACGAAUUCGCCUUGGCGAUGCACCUCAUCAAUGUUAAACUUGAAGGUAACGAUCUACCCAGUGAGUUACCCGAUCAUCUCCGCCCACCAUCAAAACGGGAAUAUUCUUCUUUAUAGUCUGUGUUGAUUUUGAAAUAAAACUCGUUGACGUUUUCUAAUUACCACCUUAAUCGUUGAUGCGAGAUCGAGUU